AUGGCAAGAGAAGGUUUAGGACUUGAGAUAACUGAGCUGAGGUUAGGUUUAUCAUGUGGUGAGCCAAACAAGAAUGAGAACAAGAGGAAGUUCUCGGAGAUCGACGGUGAUCGGAGAAGUGUCGAUAAGAAGAACCAAGUUGUCGGGUGGCCUCCGGUGUGCUCGUACCGGAAGAAGAACAUGAAUGAAGGUUCGAAAAUGUAUAUGAAGGUUAGCAUGGAUGGAGCUCCUUACUUGCGUAAGAUUGAUCUUUGUUUGCAUAAGGGAUAUUUGGAGUUAGCUAUGGCUUUGGAGAAGCUCUUUGAUUGUUGUGGAAUUGAAGAGGCAUUAAAAGAUGCAGAAAAUUGUGAACACGUUCCAAUUUAUGAAGACAAAGAUGGUGAUUGGAUGCUGGUUGGAGAUGUCCCUUGGGAGAUGUUUAUUGAGUCAUGCAAGAGGCUGAGGAUUAUGAAGAGGUCAGAUGCAAAGGGCUUUGAUUUGCAACCAAAAGGAUCUUUGAAGAGAUUCAUAUAG